AUGUCAGGCUCCUCACUUUAUGGUGUCCGGGCAGAAUCAACAUAUCAUCAUCAGACAAUAAUUGAUGAUGAGAUGGUUUCCAUGGAAAUUCUGGACACAGCUGGCCAGGAGGACAGUCUGCAGAUGGAAGGCCAUGUACGAUGGGGUGAAGGCUUUGUAAUUGUCUAUGACAUCACUGACAGGGGAAGUUUUGAAGAAGUGCUGUCUGUUAAGAACCUGCUAGAUGAUGUUAAAAAACCUAAGAAUAUAAAUGUAAUUUUGGUGGGUAAUAAAGCAGACCUUGAUCAUUCUAGACAGGUCAGUAUUGAAGAGGGAGAGAAGCUUGCCACUGAACUGGCGUGCGCAUUUUAUGAAUGCUCAGCUUGCACUGGUGAAGGUAACAUCACUGAUAUGUUCUAUGAACUCUGCAGAGAAGUGAGACGUCGCAAAAUGGUGCAAGGAAAAGCCAGAAGACGGAGUUCUACAACUCAUGUAAAACAGGCCAUUAACAAAAUGCUGACAAAGAUUAGCAAUUAA